AUGGCUGGGUUUAAGUUUUCUAUGAAACAGCUGGGCCACCAUGGCAAGAAGAACAAGAACUCCGCUCCGGAGUCCGUUCCGAAUCCUGGUGGUUUCAAUAGUAGUUACAACAAUGAUGCGGGUGUGAAUUCUCAGCGAGAUGUAGGUCCCGUGCCAGGGCCUUUCAGAAGUGUUUCUGGUAACAGUAUGGGUAGUGGGCACUCAGUUCCAAACCAGCAGAGUUUUGCUCGGAACGUUAGUGGCUCGCACAUGGACAAUGUUGGUGCUGGCGUUCAGCAAGCCGCUAGGCAGAACAUAGGGAACUCUAUGCAUAUCACUGGUUUUUCUGCCUCGAGUACUUCCAAUCCUCAUGAAAUGAAACAGCGCAAUGUCUCGAAUUUGCAACAGAGCAAUCCGCACACGCGGAGGAUACUGCCAAGUGAACCUGAUUACACCCCUUGGGGUAGAAUUAGGUUGUCUAACUCCCCAUUCCCAAGAUAUAGACAUGUGAGCUCCUCACACAUCACUGACCAAGGAAAGAUAUACGUUAUUGGUGGUCUACAUGACCAGUCUGUCUAUGGUGAUACAUGGAUAUUGACUGCAUCGGAUAUCGAUAAGACGGGAGCAAUUAACUCCUUUAAGAGUACAACGAUAGAGAUUACAGAGAGCACACCUCCUCCUAGAGUCGGUCAUGCUUCCACUUUAUGCGGUAACGCUUUUGUUGUUUUUGGUGGUGACACGCACAAGGUUAACAGUGAUGGUCUUAUGGAUGACGAUCUUUACCUUUUAAACAUCAACUCUUAUAAAUGGACAAUACCAAAGCCUGUAGGUCAAAGACCACUGGGAAGAUAUGGCCACAAGAUUGUAACAAUAUCUGCAGAGCAAACGAAGCUGUAUUUGUUUGGUGGACAAUUUGACGACACUUAUUUCGGCGAUCUAGCAGUAUUUGAUCUUUCUAGCUUCAGAAGACCUGAUUCGCACUGGGUAUUUCUGAAACCAAGUGGGUUCAAUCCGCCACCUUUAACAAAUCACACUAUGGUGACAUAUCAAGACAAGAUUUGGGUAUUUGGUGGUGAUACUUUGGAAGAAGGACUAAUAAAUAGGGUGUAUUUGUAUUCGCCAACAAAUAACUCAUGGGAAAUUGUGGAAACGACAGGAGAUAUACCACCUCCAAUGCAAGAACACGCAGCCAUUGUGUAUAAGGACUUGAUGUGUGUAGUUGGAGGAAAGGAUGCGGAAGACAACUAUCUUAAUACACUGUACUUUUUGAACUUACAAUCAUUGAAAUGGUUUAAGCUACCAUUCUACAAGAAUAAUAUUCCUCAAGGUCGUUCGGGACAUUCGGUGACGUUACUAAAAAAUGAUCAAAUUCUGAUCAUGGGUGGUGAUAAAUAUGAUUAUUCUUCAAGUACUGAAAACAUGCAUAUUUCCGAUGUUGACAUGGGUAAAGGUACUAUAUUGUACACUUUGAAUUUAGCGGAUGUUGGUACUGUUUGUCCAGGAAUUUUUGACAACACUCGUCCAGUCACAAGAUCUCCAACAACUCCAAAAUUCUCUAAUAAAGGUGAGGAUGCUACAAGUCCCAAUAUUAUGGUUGGGAAACCACCUGGUUUACAUCAAGAACCUCAAAUAUUGACGCCAGCUCAAGAGCAAAUGCAAACACCAAAGCAACAAAUUGUGAUGGAUAUGGAUAAAACUCCUAAGGAUUAUGUCGAAAAGGAACCCGAAGCUGCACAUGUUGAAGGACAAGCUUUUGGUAAGGGUACUAUUGGUACAGUUAUAUCUGAAAACAGAAAACCUUCUUCUCCAGUUCCCCAGUUGAUUGAAUCCUCCGAGGAUGGUGUCAAAAGAACGCCUACAAUUGCUAGUGCAAAACAAUUGAGUAGCGGUCCGCCUCAACAAAAAACACCUGAAAAAAGGAUGAUUUCUGAUGAAUCAUCAAGCAAAUUUUCUGAACUUGAUCAAGACGAUUCCAUAGACGAUGAAGUCGGUGUUGCCCACAUUGCUACUUCACCUGCCAAAAACGGUUUCAAGAUGACAUCUACAGAGAAUACAAUUACCGCUGCCAUGGAGAGCUCUUCUCCAGAUGUACUUCUUCCUGAGAUUAAAAAGCACAUGAGUGAAGGAACGGAAGCAAAGACUGUUACACACAGUAGUGAUAUGGAUGAUCAAACUACAAUGAUUUCCUCAAGACAUAAUGUUGUAGAAGACAGGCAAAGUCCGCCUCAAUUAAAAGAGGCUGUUGAUAUGAAGAUUGACAGUCCAACUUUGGAAGAUACCUCAGCCAACUUGGAAAGGGCACAGGUAGAAAAAUUUCCAGAGGUAGUUGCCAGGCAAGUGGGUGCAGUAGUGCCUAAUUUGGUUCCAAAUCAGUCUACUGGUAUGGCAUCAAAUAGUGUUUUAGGAAUGAAAAAAGAAAAUAACAUGUCUAGAGAACAUUUUGAAAAUCUGAGAGAUGAACUUUCUAAGAUAAAACAGGCUGCACUUGAAAAGGCCAAUGCUGCAGACAAUCACAUUAGAGAACUUGAAUCGGAAUUAAACAAGUUAAGAGCUGAGCAACAGAAACAAAAAGAGGAUAAUAAGAAGAUGGAGGAUGAGAUAUCGCAAUUCAGGAAACGUUAUGAUUUGCUUGAUGCAGACUACAAGGAGAUGGAGGAUACAUUACAACAAUAUGAGGAUAUUUUGGCUGCUAAGGUAUUAGAUGCAGAGAAGUUCAAUGGCAUAAUCAAGGUUCAAUCGGAUAAAAUCGAUGAGUUGAAGCUACAUGUUGUUAAUUCUGAAGAAUUCGAAAAGCUGAAGAUUCAAAACGAAGUACUGGAAAAAGAAAAUCAAGAUUUGAAGGACAAAUUAAAGGAGAAAGACAACAACCUGGAUAAAUCUAUUGUGAUGUUCUCAGGAACUGUAGAUGAACUCUUGAAAAAUUGGAGAAUGACGUCCAAGAAAGAUACUUCAAGUGCUUCACCUGUAGCUGCUACCCAAUCUCAAAGCACAAAGAACAGAAAUAUUAUCUCUAAGAUGAACAAUCGUCUUGACGACUUAUUAGUCAAAAGUAAAGAACUGACCGAAUCAGAGGAACAGAUUGAUUCUGAGUAUGAACAACUUGAAAUAAAAAAUGAAUCAAUUCAAAGCCAGGCCAGACAUUCAAGUAUCAGUGUGAAAGAAACAGCUUCCGACAUAGCCAACGCUAUGAAUGAAUCCAAAAGAAAGAUUGAAGACUACAAAGCACACACGGAAAAACUACAAAAUGAAAUCGAUGGUUUAAAAGGAAAGGUAAAUCACACUGAUGGUGAAAUUUCACUAGAUAAGCAAUCGGAGGAGAAGCUAAGAGAGGAAAUUGAAAAAAUAACCGCGGAAAAGGAGGAGUUGAAUAGACAAAUGCAAGGAUUGAAAAUGAAAAUUCAAUCAUCUUCGGAUAAUCUCGCUAUAUUAUAA